AUGCGCGCGUCUUUGUUACUGGUUGCAGCGUGGGCCGCGCAUGCGACCAAUGACAAGCAGCUUCUGGCGCAACGAUCGCUUGAGCUACUGGCACAGUGGCAGGAGGAAUGGCGUUCGACAGCAGUGACCGAAGCUAGACAAGCUGUGGAAAGCGGCCAAGCAAAUUCUGCACAGGAGCAAGGUGCAGAUCCGGCUCGGGCAGGUGCCUUCCUGGAUUGCGCAGAUUCAGACGAUUUCUGGCCUAGAUUUCGGGAGGUCUUCAGAAGUUUUGGCCCCUUGAGUCCGGACACUGGCACGAUGGCUUACAUGAAAUGGAAGCAGUGGGAGCUGUUCAUCGACGGGCUUGACGUGGCCCAAGAUGCUGGUGCAUUGGAUGGUAUAGUCGUGCCGUUGGCAGGUGAAUGGCGUCCCGAUGGAUCAAGCUACUUCACACGCAUCCAAGAGAAGCGUGAUUGGGUUCUCGCUAUGCAGAAGAGCCAGUGGCAAGGGCUUUUCGGAUCACCCCCCAAGUGGUCUGCUGGAAACUUGGUGGGUUUUAUGCGAUGCCCUGCAGGUUUCGUCCUAGUUCAGUAUGUUGUUUUUCUGGUUCACAAAUUACGAUCCGAGCUGUCUGUGGAAGCAGCGCAGACGAAUCUAGAGAGCAUGCUCUACGCCUUCGUGAACAUCUUCGAUGCGCACUUCGAUCACCUGGAGUCUUCGAAUUGGAACUACUCUUCAUUUGACCUUGCUGUAAACCUGAACAUCGAAGACGAGCGUCAUUUUCCGCGUUAUGCUGAUUUCGUUGCUGCUCAAGAUAACCCGCCGGUGUACGAGCCACGCUGGCAAGACGAAUGGCCAGAGCAUGUUUCUUGGAUUCAGCGGGGCGCCCCCAAGGAAUUAGAAAAGCUUCGCAUUGCACUCGUCGGAGAGCAUGGGCCCAGUAACCUGGAGCAUCUGGAAGCCCUUUCCGCCGCCUUGGAAGAUUGGAGCCUUCCUGGGGUCGAAGCCGCCCAUUUCUUCACCUACUUGUGGCAGCUGGCGGAUCUCUCGGACGGCAGCUCUCUCCGCUCCUCCCUGCGAAUCACCUGGGAGGCUUUUUGGGGCGAGCCACUGACAGAGUCGGCGGGCAGGGACAAGAAGUCUCAGCCUCUGUGGACCAUCGAUCAAGCAGUUUGGGCCUUGACGGAAUACGCUCGCCGAGAGCCUUUCCUUCAAAGGUCGGAGGCCAUCGUGUGCAGUGAACCUCUUUGGCUUUGCGUUCUUCUUCACUUUGUCGGCGGCAAGAGGAUUCUUACUCGGGCCAGCGCUGCCGGUCGAGUCAUGUGCCUCCUUGUUGAUUUUGAGCAGGUCUUCGGCAUUGGCGAGGUGGACAACUUCUGGGAGAUUCUCCGGCAAGUCCGCCCCACUUUGCAUGGAUCCCACGUGGUCACGGCCACGUCGCGAAUCACAGCAGAGAUGCUCGACUGGCAAGCGGGCUUGAGAGUGCCAUAUGUUCCUUUUCUUUCCUUGCACGUGAAAGCACGAUAUGCCCCCGUGCGCGACGAGGUCCUCUUCUUUCGCUCCUUGCUCCCUGCAGGCGCGACCUUUCACCGCGUGCUUCGGCUGAUCGAGGCAGAGCGGCAAGCUGCUGGGCCAAGUGGGCCUUCGAUUGUCGCCAUGACCCGGGCCAUAAGCUACGAGGAAAUGGCCAGCUUCCAGGCGGUUGUGAUGCUGCCGCAUAUCCCAAAUGCCUUGCGACUCUCUGAUUGUUACGCGAUGGGGCUUCCACUCUUUAUCCCGGGCGAGCCGCUCAUCCACAAGUUUAUUUGGCCAGAUGAUCCUCUGCCUCUCCUGAGCAAAGCUCGCAUGCCAGAUGCCCCAAGCGAUGUGCGUUUCCCUCGCUCGCCACUGGAGUUUCAGUCCGAAGGUCGACGAUUCUACAAAUUCCGUGAGGAACGGCAUUACUGGCUGCAGUACACGGAGUGGUGGCUCCGUCCUCAUCUCCUGCACUUCAGCAGUGCACGUGAUUUGCUGGACAAGCUGGCGGAGUUUGCCCAAGGACGCACAGUCAGUGCCGCGAUGCUGAACCACCAGGCCAAGAUGAGAACUGAUGUCUUGGAUUAUUGGCGCUCUGGGCUGUCAGCUGCUUUGGCUGACUGGGCUGGGUAG